AUGGGUGAUCACAAUUGCCAUGUCGGGCUUGGUGUGAAGUGUGCAAAAGAAGUUGCUACUGCCAUAAGAGGGGCUAUUAUUCAAGCAAAACUGUCGAUUAUACCUGUGAGAAAGGGAUAUUGGGUAACGGGGAAGUGUGGUUCUGUGUCUGUGCGGCUUAUACCUGCACCUCGAGGUACAGGAAUUGUUGGUGCUCCAGUCCCAAAGAAGCUUUUGCAAAUGGCUGGUAUCGAUGACGUAUACACAAGCGCUCGCGGUCAGACAUCUACAUUAGGAAAUUUCGCCAAAGCAACAUAUGCUGCCAUACGGGCUACUUAUGAAUACCUUACUCCCGACCUGUGGAAUGUUACUCCAAAAGGAAAACACCUCUUUAUCGAACACUCGGAUUAUCUAUGUAAAGUUGCAAAACAGGUUUGA